GGUAAAUUCCACCCGGGCCCUUAGGUCUAACUCGUUAAUGUGAGAAAUCGGCAUGUGAUGCUGCGAAUGUUGACGUUAAGAAAUUCAAAUUCUCCAGGUCGUCAAACAUGCACGGACGUAUAAAUCGCAUCCCAUUCACCGGGAGUUUGUGUGAAAGGUAGAGCAGACCAACCGGCACAAUGUCGAUUUACGAUCAGGGCUUCAAUGCUAAACAGCUGCUGCAGACCCUCUAUUCUCCCUCCGCGGAUCAAGCGAUAAAAGAAGACCUCUUGUACUUUCCAAUCAACAAACUUCACAAUGCCGUGGCCUCAGGUAAAAUUACUGGAACCAGUCUGGUUGACAUCUCGUUUGGACCCGUUGUUUACCAAAUUUUGGCGAUAGGCGAGCAGUUCUCAGAUAUCUCUGUUUUAAAAGCCACUGACCAAUGUGUCGCGGAGGUGAAUGCGUGGCUCAAAGGAGACAGCGGGGCUUUUGAUUGGUCUUCGGUGUCAAAAUACAUUGCAGAUUUGGAAGGAAGCAGGGAUAAAUGGGAGGAAAAAGAAAAGAAAGUGAAGGCUGCCGUAAAAAAGGUCCUGAAAUACGAGCGCGGAAAGCAAACCAUCGUGGACCCGUCCGUGGUGCCGAAGGCGGACUGUAUGAUCAGCAUGUGGCUGAACGAGGUGGCCAGCACAGACAGAGAGGGGUUCAUCCGGCAUCUCAAAAAAAUGUCUGCGCUCAUCAAACUCGGCGGUCAGCUGAUACUCUUCACCGGUCUCAACGGAACAUUCCUCGAUAUCGGGGGGCAGAGGUUUAACAUUUUCCUGCUGACCGAACCGGUUCUGAAAACCGCUUUAGCCGAAGCCGGUUUUUCUGUUACGAUGUUUGAGUCUAAGCUGAGUGUCCCCAAACCGCAGACAGAUGUACAAAGCUACGCGUUCAUCACGGCCAUGAAAGUCAGGCUUAUCAAAUAUCCCUAG